AUGAUGAGCCCUGUCUCUAAUUUUUCCAUUGAUGAGAAUAUCUCGAUAUUUCCUUCACUGGAAGCAUCGCUCCUGAUAGAUGAAGGGACCUGGCGCCCCACACCUCCGCCUGCGCAUCAUGGGUUUAUGUUUGUGAAUACGCAGGCUGAUGUUUCGCAGUGUGUCGGCAUACAAAGGCAAAAAAAGGCCUUCCUUGCGAGAAACGCCCAUCAGCGAAGGAAGAAAGAGGCUGUUGAUCGGUUGAAAUUGCCCCAGCCGUACAGGGGCAGUGCUCCACAGCGAGGAGAGAAGGAGGUAGAAAACGUCCACAGAAACAAGACACAGAUUCAUCCGCCACAUGACAAUAGCAUGUUGCCAGCCAGAGUAUCUGCCGUCCUCAGCCAGAACCAUGCCGACCCGUUUUGCGCCUACCCUGUGCCAAUGAGCAGCGCCAUGCAUAUGUAUUUUCGCCAUUACAGAUUCUACGUGGUUCCCACAGCGUAUCCAUUUAAUGUUGACCGGAUGAACACCUGGUGGACGGAAAGGGCGGUCAUGUCCCCCGCGCUCCUCCACACCAAACUCUGUCUCGCGGCUGGACACAAGGCGGCUCUUGAAUCUCGCAAUGGUGUUUCUUCUGUAGCAUGCCAGAGAUCACGCAGAGAUUGCUUACAAUUUCGAAUGAACGCCAUCAGAACCUUGAACGAUAUUCUGCAGGAUCCCGUGACUGCGGUCGCAGAGUCUACAGUGUUACUUGUUGGUUCAAUAGUGACAAUCGAGACUAUCAAUGCCGAAUUUGCGGCUCUGCAGACACAUAUGAACGGCCUGGCUACGCUUAUAGACCUAGCUGGCGGUCUUGAUGCAUUGGAGCACAUGACCCUUUCCAGCAUAUACCAGUACAACACCCCUCUCAUGUCUGUUGCGUUCGUGGCUGAUUGA